AUGACUACAUAUAAAUUACAACAUGAAAUGUUUGUAUCAGGACAUAGUGGUACCAGCUACCUUGAAGUGGCAAUGGUAUCAAGCAUUGCGUGUAUCGGUUGCUUCUUGAGGGAUUUAUUUAUUUUGUCUAAGUACAAAAAUAUUAUCAGACCAGGAUUGUUUCCAGAUCUCAUUCUUCUUGUGCUGCCAAAUAUUAUUGGUGUGACAAUAUUAAGCAACCACAUUGGAUUAUUUAUAUUGACCCUUCUUUUCCUUACCUUUAUAUUUUGCUCCCAAGUUUUCAGAACUGGCCAGGAUGAUAAUUUACCGGCAGCAAGAAAAUACGUUAAUCUGAGUGAAAGAAAACAAUUUAUUACAAACUUCCGCUCGAUUAUUAACUUGUGCACAGCUAUUAGCAUCCUUGCUGUAGACUUUCGGGUAUUUCCUAGACGAUUAGCAAAAGCGGAGACCUAUGGGUUUGGUGGGAUGGAUGUGGGUGUGGGUUUGUUUGUCGUAGCAAAUGCUGUUGUAAGCUGUGAGGCUCGAGGAAAGGGCAGCAGAUUGCCAGUUUGGUCUCAGUGCAGGAAAGCAUUGAUUUCUUCCCUCCCUUUGCUUAUUCUGGGAUGUGCGAGACUCCUAGCGGUGAAGGGCGCAGGCUAUCAUGAGCACGUCACAGAGUAUGGUGUGCACUGGAAUUUCUUCUUCACGUUAGCUGCCCUAAAAAUAUCGCUAACUCUGGUCUACUGCAUACUUCCUGUGGAGUAUUCGGCCGCUGGAGCAGCUGUUACAGUAAUUGGGCACCAGAUUCUCCUGUCAGCUGGCCUGUCCUCUUACAUCAUGAUAGGCCUGAAUGGCAUAGGAGGUAGAAGUGGGUUCAUCGAUGCCAACAGGGAAGGAAUUUGUUCUCUGCCCGGAUAUGUCGCCAUCUACAUGUUUGGUGUUCAGCUUGGGCGUUCAUUGUUUAAACCUAGACACAAUUUAAAAGAGUGGCUGGUGCUGUCGAGACAGUUGACAGUAACGUACAUAGCAGUGACAGUCAUCAUGACAGUCUUCCACCAUGCAGUAGAACCAGUCUCCAGGAGAUUUGUAAACGCAGCAUUUGUCUUUUGGAUUAUGAGUGUAAGCACCCUGAUGAUUGUAGAAUGUCUUCUAGCAGAAAUAACAAUUGCCUUCAUCAAAUCAAAACUACAGAACAGUCAAGAUCAGGCUACCUACUGCAUUCCACAAAACAGUCUAAAUAAAGCUGUCCAAAGCAUUGACCAACCACCCUCUGAAGGCAUCCACGGAGCGUCAAGAAGGACCACAAGUAAGACAACAGUGUCAGCUUCAAGAAAAGACAUUCAAACAGCAGAUAAUGAGAAAGAAUCAAAAAUAAAUAAGGAGCAUCUAUCAGAUACAAACGUAUGUUUGUUAGAAGCAAUUAGCUUCAAUUCAUUACUGUUUUUCCUACUUGCUAAUUUGUUUACAGGAGCUGUGAAUAUGAGCAUUUCAACAAUUUAUGCCAGUGACGCUGUUGCUGUUGUAAUUUUGAUUCUCUACAUGUUUCUGUUGUGUUUCGUGGUUGUUUCUUUACGCAAGAAAAAUAUAUGCACAAAAGUUUGGUAG